AUGCGUAGCGAGCGAAGCCUCCGAGUUCUCCCCGCCAACUCGGAUGCCCUCCCAUCCUACUUAUCCUCCCCAGUGGUGGAGGGGUGCGUGGGAGGGAUUUCCUGUGCAUUUUCCUUUCCGGUGUUUCACGCGCUGUUUACUGUUGGUCUGUUUGAGAACAGCAUUCAGACCUAUAGUCUGAUGGAAGUGCAAGGGUGUGCCCUCCCAGAGGACUACAUUUAUAACGGUUACAAGACGGUGCGGCUGACAUUAUCUGCAGCCUCGUAUGUUUCUCGCGCUGCUGGUUGUGGUGGUGGGUGCUUGGAAGGAGGGAAUCAUGCCGCUAUCUGA